GCUGAAGUGUGUUACCCUGGUAACUGUUGGGCCGCCCACCCCCGUAGACCUUUCGGGAAAGCGGGGAAUUCAGAGACAGAGUGUUUCCAGUGUUGUAAAUACUUUGGAAUGUUUACUUUGGGAAGUGAAAAUUCUUGAUUAUGGCUCACUGUUCCAAAGAAGAGCUGGAUGAAGAGUUUGAGCAGUUCAUGAAAGAGCUUUCAGAUGAUUCUUUUGAGAAUUCAAACAAAACACCUCCACAACCCGAAAGAAAAGUGAAGAAAGAUGCAUUGCCAUGGUGGAUAACUGAAGAUGAUUUUGAAGAUGGUGGACUGCUUGGAACAAAUGUAAGCUAUUUGAAAGCUAAGAAAACUUCUCAGCCUAUUAUGGAAAUAGAAGAGGAGUCUCCUGAAAGGAUUCAGUUUCUUCAGAGCAGUGGAACCUCUGUCUUAAGUAUUGACAGCUUAGAAACAAAUGAGAUUAUAGUUUCCGAACUCAAUCAUAGUGUUCUUGGAUUGGGAUUGGACACAUUAGAGGAACAAGAGGAAAAGGAGCAAUUUUUUGCCAGGCUUGAAGAAGGCUUAACAUCUUCCAUUGAUUAUUCAAGAUUAAAUAAGGAAUUGGAUUCUAAUGAUUCCACACUGUUUAAAGCUUUACAUAGUAGUCAAGCUAAAGUAGAACUAACUAAAGAUAAACAUGAGGAUGAAUCGAAACAUGAAGAACUGGCAGAAAAUUACAGCGAUGAUUUUGAAGAUGAGGAUAUUGAUGCACCUUUGACUACUAAAGAAGAGACUAAUUCCAAAGAAAAUCCCAAAUCUGAAAAAAUACAUGUACCCAAACAGGAAGAAGAGAAAACUGGCAUGCUGGCUAAUGUGGUACUGCUUGAUUCCUUAGACUCUGUUGCAGAGGUCAGCCUUAAUGAACAGGAUGGAGCAACUAAGCCAAUGUCCCUGCCAGAAAUGACUGAUAAUGAAAUGACAGGAACAGGUGUUUCUUAUGGACAAAGCAAUAGCGACAUUGAAGCUCUACAUCAGGCUUAUUGUCAUGUAGCCCAUUCUUUGGGAGAUACAGAUGAACAAAGAAUUGAGAGUAAUGCACAGGAAAAUAUCAAGAGCUCAGUGAAAGAUUAUCCUCAAGAAAAUGAAGAGUCCUCUAAAAACAUCUCUACUACAGAAUCAGAUCUGCCCACAGUAGAGGAGUUGAUGAAACCUAUCAGAAUAGAUUCCAUGGGUGUCAGUGGUUUUGAUUUACAACCUGUCAGCUAUAAUAAACUGGCUGAUAGUAGAGAAGCUGAGUCCCUUAAGAAGAACCCAAAUAUAUCUCAAGAACCACAAAAUUUAAGCCAACGUUUUGACAAAAAUGAAGAGAAUGCGGUUUUACAAAAGACAACAAAUAAAGAUAGAGAAAGUAGCUGUCCAGGAGUAAAUAGUACAGAAGAACGUAUAGAUAAAAUGUACCUUGAUAUUUUGAGGAAAAAAAUAUCUGUUGGACCUCCAUUAUUGCCUCAGGAUGACAAAAUAAAUAAAACUUUUAGAUCUCAACUCAGUUCUGGCGAAGAAGGGGCUGUAACUGGUAAACUUGAACCAUAUAAGAAGGCCAGAAGUGCACCUCCUUUACUGAAAAGAAAAGCCCAAAGUGGAUUAUAUGCAUCGGUUAGGAGCUCAGGCUAUGGCAAACCCAGUUCGCCAUUCAAGACUUUUUCUACUCUUGAAAAGAAAACUUCAAAGGACAUUAUGAAGAGUAAAGCCUUGAGAUCCAUCCCUACUGCAAAUCAAGCUAGGAAAAAAGAAAUCUUAUCUGGAACCAAAGUCAUCAAGCCUGCAGCUCUGGGUAAACCAGCUCCCAAAACUGAAAGUUGCCUGGCCGUUUGUACAAAGUCUGAAGAUUCUGCAGAAACUGAUCACAGUGUUCAGUUUCAGAAUGAUUCUUCAGGAUAUUGUGAUGGGAACAAGGAGACAGAGUUGAUUAUGUGUAAAAGAGUUCAGGAAGCAGAGGAAAAAUGGAGGGGUGCGCAAGCCCUAAUUGAGCAAAUUAAAGUUACGUUCUCAGAAAAAGAGAGAGAGCUGGAAAAUAAGAUGGAAGAACUAAGGAGACAACAGGAAAAGGAACUCUUCAAACUAAAUCAAGACAAUUAUAUUCUUCAAUCCAAGUUGAGUAGCUUUGAAGAAACAAACAAAAAGCAAAGAUGGUUACAUUUUGGAGAAACAGCUGAUCCUGUCACUGACGAAAAAUUGAAGCAAAUUCAAAAAGAAAUACAAGAACAAGAGACACUUCUUCAAGGAUAUCAACAGGAAAAUGAACGAUUAUAUAAUCAAGUGAAAGAUCUGCAAGAACAAAACAAGAAAAAUGAGGAGCGAAUGUUCAAGGAAAACCAGAGUUUAUUCAGCGAGUUAGCUUCCUUAAAAGAAAAGAUGCACAAAAGUCGUUUCCUGUCUGAAGUAGUUGAAGAUUCAGAGCCCACCCAAACCCAGAAUUUUACGGAUCUGUUAACAGAGCUACGGAUGGUACAGAAAGAAAAAAACAAUUUAUUGGAAGACAUCAAAAGACUGAAGCAAGACAAACAAGCUCUUGAAGUAGACUUGGAAAAAAUGAAGAAAGAGAGAGACCAAGCCAAAGAUCAGAUUGCUUAUGCCACAGGUGAAAAAUUAUAUGAAAUAAAAGUUUUAGAAGAAACCCACAAACAAGAAAUCAGUCGCCUGCAAAAAAGAUUACAGUGGUAUGCUGAAAAUCAGGAACUUCUGGAUAAAGAUGCAGUUCGGCUUAAAGAAGCAAAUGAAGAAAUUGAGAAGCUCAAACUGGAGGUUGAGAAACUGAAAGCUGAAUCUGGAAAUCCAUCUAUUCAGCAGAAGAUACGUUUAAAAGAGAAAGCAGCGGAUGCCAAAAAAAUUCAGGAUCUAGAGCGACAAGUUAAGGAAAUGGAAGGAAUUCUAAAGAGAAGAUAUCCCAAUUCUUUACCUGCUUUAAUACUGGCUGCAUCAGCAGCUGGUGAUACGGUGGAUAGAAAUACAGUAGACUUUAUGGAAAAAAGAAUAAAAAAACUAGAGGCUGAUUUGGAAGGCAAAGAUGAGGAAGCAAAGAAAAGCCUUCGUACCAUGGAGCAACAGUUCCAGAAAAUGAAGAUCCAGUAUGAACAGAGACUAGAGGAGCAGGAGCAGCUACUCGCCUGCAAAUUGAAGGAAGCAGCCCAGAACCACCCUGACAGCUCCUCCAGGGUUGAAGCACUAGAGAAGGAGCUUGAUGAUGUCAAGGAAGCCAAUCAAAUCACUGUAAGAAAUCUUGAAGCUGAAAUAGACAUUCUUAAACAUCAAAAUGCUGAAUUGCAACUCAAGAAAAGCGAUAAAGAUGAUAAGGAUUUCCAGUCUAUAGAAUUCCAGGUAGAACAGGCUCAUGCUAAAGCUAAACUGGUGAGACUCAAUGAGGAGCUAGCUGCAAAGAGGAGAGAAAUACAAGACCUUUCGAAAACUGUGGAGAGGCUUCAGAAGGAGAGAAGGAUGAUGCUAUCUAAUCAGAACACUAAGGGUAGAGAGGAAGUGACUGCGAAAAGGGGGAAGAAAGGUGGUUUGCACUCAGGUAAAGAAAGUGCUCACUCAUUCCCUGGAAUCCUGGAUGGCAAGCUGUACCAACCACAUCCUUUCACUGAUUCCCACGCUUCAGAGGUUUUACAAGAAAACUGCAGGUUGAAAAAUGAACUGGAGAGAUUAAUUGCAGAGAGCAGUGAGCUAAAGAUGAAAUCUGAAGCAGCGGUGACCCAAUAUGAAAAUUCCAUGAAAAGGGUCAAGGAAGAUACUGCAGCACACAUUGCAUCUCUCAAAGCAUCUCAUCAGAGAGAAGUAGAGAAACUCCUUUGCCAAAAUGCAGUAGAAAAUUCUGCUUCCAGAGUAGCUGAACUAAAUCGUAAAAUAGCAACUCAAGAGGUACUUAUAAAACAUUUCCAAAAUCAAGUUAAUGAACUGCAGGGUAAACAAGAGUCUCUUGUAGCUUCUCAAGUUCGAGAAGAAAUCUUACAGAAAGAGAUGACAAAACUCCUAGAAGAAUUAAGAGAAGCCAGAGAAAACCAUACACCAGAGAUGAAACAUUUCAUGGCCUUAGAAAAGAAAAUUAAACAGAUGGAAAUGAAACAUGCGCAAAGAGAGCAGGAACUCCAACAGAUAAUACAACAAACACAUCAAGUAGUAGAAACUGAGCAAAGCAAAGAAGUUGAGAAAUGGAAAAGACUUGCACAGUUGAAGAAUCGUGAGUUGGACAAGUUCCGCACAGAAUUAGACUCAAUACUAGAUGUUCUCCGAGAGCUGCACCGGCAGGGGGUGGUGGUGCCGGUGGCUUUGGCGGAUGGAGUAAGGGCACAGGAGUAUUACUAGCAACUGGGAUUCCCCGCGACCUCACGGAAAGGCUGGAUGACGGGUGAUGAGUUGGGUUGUGCCACUGUCACAAGAAGCCUUUUGAAAACAAGUGUUCCAGUAUGUUGCCAGAAAGCAAACAGUACAAGAGCAACAUUUCAAAAUAAAUUGCCCUAAACCAGUAAAAAGCAAAACACAUUAUGCUGUAUUUUACUGAAAAUCAUUAACCAGUCACACUUUAAGCCACUUAUGGACAAGUCCCCUUAUGUCAGAGGAUUAGAACUAGUGAGGUUAGUUGUAAAAGGUCUAACUUAAAUUCUCGAUACGAAAAGGAAACAACUGCUCAUACUCUGCCAUUUUUGACUGUGUGUAUUAAUCCUUCAUACCAGAAAAACAGCUCCUCUUUCUCAUGGAAACGUGGAGAAGACGGAGCACAGUGGUCUGAACAAUCACCAGAAUAGCCGAACUUCCACAGUAACUUUGACAAGAAUUACAACUUUGUACCACCAGACAGUGGACUCCCUUGUGUUCUCCCAGAUUUCCACUUCUACCUCUGGGUGCCUCGUUUUUGCACCUGAUAUAAAGGUGCAAAACAUAUUUCACAUGUAAAAGGGGAAUCUGAUUUAUUCAUUGUUUUAAUCUUUUAUGCUCCAUGUCUUAAAUUAUAGUCCUUUUUUGUAAGUCUAGAUUAUAGACAGACUCUUUACUUCCUCUAUUUAAAAAGUAAUGUAUGUUCAUUAGACAAACCUAAAAGCAUGCGUAAAAGUAGUUGGAUUGUUAUUUUUACAAUGCCCAUUUCCAGAAGCAGAUAAUAUAUAAAAUGCUGAUGAAUUAAAGCCGUAGCCACCUUAUUUUCAAGCAUUUGGGCCCUGUGCUGUCCAAUAGAAGUAUAACAUGAGUCACAUGUAAUUUUCAAUGUUCUUAUAGCAGCAUUUAAAAAGAAAAAGAAACAAAAUGCAAUUAAUUUGGGUAAUUUAUAAUCAAACUAAAUAUCAGUAUAAAAAUUGAGCUUUUACAUUUUUUUCCAUACUUAGUCUUCAAAAUUUGGUAUAUUUUACGUUUCAGCACAACUCAGUUUGGACUAGCCACAUUCCAAGUGCUCGAUUAUCAUAUGCCAGUAAGUGCAAUUCUAAAAUAAUAAAGGGUGAAACACUUUGUAGAAGACAGGUAAAAUAGGUCUUGGUGAAAUUAUGGGUAGCAAAUAUGAAAUGUGCAAAUUAAGUAUAAGGAAUGCAGUUAAAGUCUUAAUGUUCAACACUUCUGUCCUUAAGAUGGUAGAAAAAGCAUUAAUGUAAGGUAGCUAUAUUUUAUGUGAAAGAAUUUUGUUACAAUAUAAACUAUUUUGGUUAUGCA